AUGGAGGCCAACCUGCAGGGCGCGUUCCUGCUGAACAAUGCACCGCUGGCUCAGUUCUCGGAGAUGAAGGCCCCUGUGUGCCAGUACUCCGUGCAGAACUCCUUCUACAAGCUCAGCCCCCCGGGGCUGGGGCCCCAGCUGCCCGCCGGGACCCCCCACGGCAUCACGGACAUCCUGAGCAGGCCGGUGGCCACGCCGAACAGCAGCCUCCUCUCCGGCUACCCCCACGUGGCCAGCUUUGGUGGACUCGGCUCCCAGGGGGUCUACUACGGCCCCCAGGUGGGGAAUUUCUCCAAGGCGGGGAAUGAGUACCCCACCCGGACCCGGAACUGCUGGACGGACACGGGCCAGGAAUGGCGAGGCGGGCGGCAGUGCGGCAACACCCCGGACCCCCUGAGCGACAGCAUCCACAAGAAAAAGCACACCCGGCCCACCUUCACAGGGCACCAGAUCUUUGCCCUGGAGAAGACCUUCGAGCAGACCAAGUACUUGGCUGGCCCCGAGAGGGCACGGCUGGCAUACUCUCUGGGGAUGACUGAGUCGCAGGUCAAGGUGUGGUUCCAGAACCGGAGGACCAAGUGGCGGAAGAAGAGCGCCCUGGAGCCCUCGUCCUCCACGCCCCGGGCUCCGGGCGGCGGGGGCGCGGGCGGCGAGCGCGCGGCCUCGGAGAACGAGGACGACGAGUACAACAAGCCGCUGGACCCCGACUCGGACGACGAGAAGAUCCGGCUGCUGCUCCGCAAGCACCGCGCCGCCUUCUCGGUGCUCAGCCUGGGCGCGCACAGCUGA